AUGGUUAAAAUCGCCCUCAUCCAACUCCACCCGGAGCCCCACGACAUAGAAAACAACCACGCCCGCGCAAAAUCGUACAUCCAGAAGGCCGCAAAGGCCGGCGCCGAACUGGCCGUCCUUCCUGAGUUCCACCUGGCAGACUUCCACCCAACCCACGACCGCAACAUCCGACAACGCUGCGCAAACUACGCAACCCACCUGUCCUCCUACAGCGCCCUCGCCAAAGAAUACAACAUCAACAUCGUCCCCGGCUCCAUCGCAGAACUACACACCGACCCUACCACGGGGGAGGAAAAACUCCUGAAUGUAGCCUACUUCAUCGACAACACGGGGAAAGUCCGCGGCCGGUACGAGAAAAAGAACCUCUGGAUCCCGGAACGCGAGUUCGUGGACCGCGGAGCCACGGAUUCGGGCCAUGUCGCGUUUGAUACUCCGUUGGGUAAGGUCGGGUUGCUGAUUUGUUGGGAUCUGGCGUUUCCGGAGGCGUUUCGGGAGUUGGUUAUGCAGGGGGCGAAGAUGGUGAUUGUGCCUGCUUACUGGAAGUUGGACGAUGCCGGGGUGGUGGGGAGGAAGUGGAAUCCGGAGUCGGAGAGGAUGUUUGUUGAUGCGGCUGUUGUUAGUCGGGCUUUUGAGAAUACGGCUGCGGUUGUGUUUUGUAAUGUUGGGGGUGGGGAGGAGGAGGGUUAUGCGGGGGCUUCGCAGGUGGCGGUGCCGUUUAUGGGGUGUGUUGGGAGGGUGGAAGGGUGUGGGGAGGGGAUGAGUGUUGUGGAGGUUGACAUGGGGGUUUUGGAUGAUGCGGAGGGCGUUUAUAAGGUUAGGGAGGAUUUGGGGAGGGCGGAUUGGCAUUAUGGAUAUCGGAGGUGA